GCAGGGUCGCCACAGGAAAUUAAUAAACGUCACGUCCGUUCCCACCCCGCCGACGGUGGCCGAAGGGCUGCGGCAACUGUGGAGAUGUUGCUUCCCCCUUCGCUAUAUUCCCGCCUAGCCGGGGCGCCCGGGGCGGCCGAACCGCUGCCGGUGGAGCGGAACCCUGCAGCUGGGGCAGCGCCCUUCCGGUUCACACCGCGCCCCGUGCACUUCCCGCGGGAUCACGAAUUCUUUGAGGAUGGGGACGUGCAGCGGCACCUCUACUUGCAGGACAUGCUCACGCAAGUGUCCGAGACGCCGGAGAAGUCCAUGGUGCCCGAGUUCACCUGUCAGGUGGCUGGCUGCUGCCAAGUGUUUGCAGCGCUAGAGGACUACCAGCAUCACUAUCACAUGCUACAUGGAAACACCUGCUCCCUCUGCAGCCGGGCCUUCCCCUCUGGGCAUUUGUUGGAUGUCCACAUCCUGGAAUGGCAUGACUCUCUGUUCCAGAUCCUGGCCCAGAGGCAAGACAUGUACCAGUGCUUGGUGGAAGGCUGCCCAGAGAAGUUCAAGACCAGCCAAGACCGGAAGGAUCACAUGGUGAGGCUCCACUUGUACCCUGCGGAUUUCCGAUUUGAUAAGCCCAAGACAAACAGAGGCCCAGCCAUGACAGCUGCAGCAGAGCCACCAGCCAGAGCCCUGAAAGAUGACAGUGACGCCAUGGAAAUCUCCUCUGAACCUGCUGCUCCACCUCCCUGCAGGCGGACCUACAGUCACAGAAUACCCUCUACUGUCUGUUUUGGCCAGGGUGCAGCCAGAGGAUUUAAAAGCACUAAGAAAAGAAACAAACAGCACUGAUGGAUCCUGGCAAGAAAAGCCAGACAGACUUUCAGGGAGUGGUGUGCCAGGGCCUUUCUCUUGCUUCUGGAUAGCUGCCCUGAGCUGGACCCUUGCCACCUCCUUAUUUUCAUACGUGAUCACAUGAAGCAGCCAGUGUGUCGAAACCCAGAAUCUGCAGAUUCCAGAAAUAACCAGGACACACUGAAGGAAUGAGAUGGAGAAACCACCUACCUGCUUCGUGGGGGCUACUUGAAGAGUGCCACUAUUAAACAUAUGAAAUAAAAUU